AUUUUCUUUUUUGGGUUUUAAAGCCGCCCGCGGCAUCUUUACCAAACGGCGAAAACGCAAAUCCCUUUCUUCUCUCUGUAUCAUUUUCUUCUGCUCGCCGGAGUUCAAAAAUGGCCGCCGCCGUGCCGGAGAAUCUCUCUCGCGAGCAAUACGUGUACCUAGCGAAGCUUGCCGAGCAGGCUGAAAGAUAUGAAGAGAUGGUUCAGUUCAUGCAGAAACUCGUUCUUGGUUCAACCCCAGGCUCUGAGCUCUCUGUCGAGGAGCGAAAUCUUCUCUCUGUCGCUUACAAGAACGUGAUUGGCUCACUUCGAGCCGCUUGGCGGAUUGUCUCUUCCAUCGAGCAAAAGGAGGAGAGCCGUAAGAAUGAAGAGCAUGUUGUUCUUGUUAAGGAUUAUAGAUCAAAGGUUGAGUCUGAGCUUUCCGACGUCUGUGCGAGUAUUCUGCAGCUUUUGGACUCGAAUCUUAUUCCCUCAGCUUCUGCUAGUGAGUCGAAGGUUUUCUACUUGAAGAUGAAAGGGGAUUACCAUAGGUAUUUGGCGGAGUUUAAGGUUGGGGAUGAGAGGAAAGCCGCUGCUGAGGAUACCAUGCUGGCUUAUAGGGCUGCUCAGGAUGUCGCAGUUGCAGAUCUUGCACCCACUCAUCCGAUAAGGCUUGGGCUGGCACUCAAUUUCUCUGUGUUUUACUUCGAGAUUCUGAAUCAGUCCGAUAAAGCAUGUAGCAUGGCCAAGGAGGCAUUUGAGGAAGCCAUCGCUGAGUUGGACACUUUGGGUGAAGAAUCAUACAAGGACAGUACCCUCAUCAUGCAACUAUUGAGGGACAACCUCACUCUCUGGACUUCAGAUGCGCAGGACCAGUUAGAUGAGUCAUAGAAGGCAUCAUAAGCUCGACCUGUCCUGUGCUUGUGAAGGGUGGGGGGAGGAGGUGGGCUUCAAAUGUCAUUUGCUUAUAUGCUAUAUUUUAAAUGUGUGAAAUCUGGAAAAUUAAACGCAUUAGUCUGUGAAUGAUGUCUUGUUACUCAGACUAACCUUGAUCUUGAAUUCCUAAGUUCCAAAAAAAUUGGUGGUUUUUCUUCUUUCU